AAAAUUCCUAUGUUUAUAUUUCAAUCUUCUACAUAUAACUUUCCUUUUAUAGAAAUAUUUUAUUUUCCUAUUUUAUGGGAAAAACUUACAUAUUCUUCCAAUACUUUUUCAUAAAUUAAAAUCAAUAAUUUCUUCAUUGAAACAUCUAACAAAAUGUCUAAGAAAUGGGUUAUUUCUCUUUUCAUAUUUCUGAUAUUUUUCAAUGAUAUAUCAUUUGUUUCAGCAUCUCCUCCUGCGAGUAAGUUAACUCUCUUACAGUUAAAAUUUCCUUAAUACAAAAUUAAUUUUAUUUUCCGCCUACUUCAAAUUUUUGCCUUUUUUCUUGUAUGUUGUCAGGAAUAGUAGCUGGUAUCGUCACUAAUGUGAUGUCUACUGUCUUUAAAUGGCUUUGGUCUCUAAGAACUCCAGUCAUUAAGCCAGAGAAAGCUGUUUCAAGUCGUUCAUUGAUGAAAUUCGAGGCUGGAUAAACAGUUGAGACAGUUUUUAAUGGAAGUAAGGUUGGGAUUGAGCCUUAUUCUGUUCAGGCAUCUCCAACAGGAGAGCUUCUAAUUUUGGAUUCUGUCAACAAUAAUCUUUACAAGAUUUCAAUACCAUUGUCUCGAUAUAGCAGGCCAAAAAUUAUUGCAGGAUCACCCGAAGGCUACACAGGGCACGUAGAUGGGAAACUAAGAGAUGCAAGAAUGUAUGGCCCCAAAGGUUUAACAGUCGAUGACAGCGGAAACAUCUACAUUGCUGACACCAUGAAUAUGGCCAUCAGGAAAAUCACUGAUGCAGGAAUUACUACAAUAGCAGGAGGAAAAAGGAGCCAUGGAGGAAGUCAUAUGGAUGGAGCUAGUGAAGAUGCAAAGUUUUCUGAUGAUUUCGACCUAGUGUAUGUACGAAGUAGCUGCUCACUCCUAGUCACGGAUAGAGGAAACCAAGCAAUUCGUGAAAUACAACUCCAUGAGGCUGAUUGUUCUUAUGAGCAGCCACCAGUUCAACACCAUCAGCAGUCUGAGGAAAACUUAUAUUUCGGCGUAGUAGUCCUUGUUGCAGCUAUGUUCUUUGGAUACAUGUUGGCAUUGCUCAAGCAGAGAGUUCAAGCCUUAUUUUCAACCAAGAGAUCAGAUCCAAGAAUGCAAAUAAACAGCCACGCUAUCGCAGCACCGUAUCAGAGACCUCCAAAAUCAGUGAGACCACCACUAAUACCCCCGGAAGAUGAAUAUGGUGAAGAGGACGAAGGCUUAUUAUUCUCGUUUGGAAGGCUUAUAAUCAAUGCCAGUUCCUCAGUGGCUGAUGUGUUUGCAGGGUUAUUAUUUUCGGGUUUCAGAAAGAGGAAAACACGAUAUCAUGAUCAUCUGAGACAUUUCCAGCAACUAAACAGGCAUCCAGAUCAUUCAUGGCCUAUGCAAACUAAUUAUGGAGAUGAGCCACCAGGACUAGAAAAUGUAGAAACUAGGACUUCUAUCAUGAGAAAACCAUACCCCCAACAGCAACUAAGACAAAGCCAGGGUUAUUAUGAAGAACGAGAUACUGAUUUUCAUCAGCGUCAGGGGAUGAUUCCUCAACAACAGGAGCUGCACCAGGAGCAGGAACAGGAACAGCAGCAGAAGCCGCAACAGAGGAAUAUCAAGUCUAAUACAAAAGCAGCUGGUGAGAAGGGCUCAGACAAGAGUGAGAUAGUAUUUGGAGCAGUUCAAGAACAAGAUGGACGGCGUGAAGCAAUGGUGAUAAAAGCUGUUGAUUAUAGUGACCCUGUUUAUAAUCACCAAAAUGUACGGCCUCGGUUGAAUUACAUGGGUUACUCAUCAUAUAGCUAUUCCUGAUCUUAAACAAGUUACAAUGUAUACUAUAUGAAUUUACAAAUUUAUAAGAAAGUUUUGGUGCUCUUCUCGGUACAGCUAUGAGAAGAUCAUAUAUUACGUAGUAUAGCACUGUUGUAUGUUGUCUAAGUUUUGUGUGGAGAGAUUACAAUCAUUAAGAGGAGAAGAUUGUUUUCAGUAUAAACUAUGAUACAUCAACUCUUCUAUUAUCUUUAGUGCCCAAGUAUACCACUUCAUAUAUCUGACAAGAGCGUGGACGGUGAAACAAAUCACAAAGUAAGGAGAAAGGAUCUAGUGUUCUUGGCAUAGCAAAUACAAGGUCAAGUAGAGUAUAACUAUACUUCAAAUUGGACUUAAGAAGAGAUGCUAGCUAGACUUCCACGCACUUGUAUCCAAUAAGUUAAACCAUUAUUGUUACCAAGUGUUUGGUUAGAAGGUUUGGGUAACUUAUUACUAUUUCCUAAAGGUAAUGAUUUCCACCUAUUUUUUACCUCUCUAAGGAAACAAUUACCCAUAUCCUCAAACAAAAAGAAAGGGAGUUAGGUUUAAGUUUUUUUCAUGGUUACAUCAGACAAAUGAAUAGGUAAGAGUCAAAU